CGUCCACCUGGCGAGUGACGCAUGCGCAGAAGGCCGCCCACCGCAGCGCCAUCAGGAGCAGUUGCUGCCUUGCUUAUUGACAAGAAGGAACCCACGCUACGAUGUCAGGAUAUGACAGCAACCCAUUCGCCGACCCCGUGGACGUGAAUCCCUUCCAGGAUGCCUCGAUCACUCGGGCCACCCGAGGAGUCGUAAAUGGUGUUCGGGAAUACAACCUAUUCUCUACAACUGAAUUGAAAGACCGCAGUGACACGACCAUCCCCAUCUCAGCAGUUUCAUCUCAACCCGCCAUACUACAAACCUCUGUGGAGGAGAAUUCACAACAGGCAUCUGCUGUGGCUGCUGCAGGUCAAGCUAAUCUGAUCAAGCAGCAAGAGGAGCUGGAGAGGAAAGCAGCAGAGUUGGAGAGAAAGGAGCAGGAGCUUCAGAACAGAACAAGCCAGAACACCGGCGUCAACGAGAACAACUGGCCUCCCAUGCCCAAGUUCUUUCCUGUGAAGCCAUGCUUUUACCAGGACUUUGAGGCAGACAUCCCGGAGGAAUACCGCCGGAUCUGCAAAAGAAUGUACUACUUGUGGAUGUUCCACAGUGCCACACUGUUCCUCAAUGUGCUGGCCUGCCUGGCCUACUUCACAGUGGACUCUGAAUAUGGCGUAGACUUUGGUCUGUCCAUCCUUUGGUUCAUGCUCUUCACUCCUGUCUCGUUCGUCUGCUGGUACAGGCCUGUAUACAAGGCAUUCAGGUCUGAUAGUUCCUUCAGCUUCUUUUUCUUCUUCUUUGUCUUUUUCUUCCAAGUGGCCGUGUACAUCAUCCAGACAGUGGGGAUCCCCAAGUGGGGCAACAGUGGCUGGAUUGCAUCCAUCAGCAUGAUCAACACAAACUUGGCUGUAGCCGUGGUCAUGAUGGUGGUGGCUGGCUUUUUCACUGUCAACGCCAUCCUGGCCGUCUUCCUGCUGAAAAUGGUCCACUCCAAGUACAGACGUACAGGAGCCAGCUUCACCAAAGCUCAGCAGGAGUUCUCCAGCAGUGUCCUGACCGACAGAACCUUCCAGUCUGCUGCUACGACAGCUGCUCAGGGAGCUUUUGGCAGGAACUAACGCAUUAGACCAUGCUCUUUAUUCAUUUUCUAUUACACUAGUCGUAUCUGUGGUGCACAUAUUGCAAAAACUGGGGGAAAAAAACAAAACAAGUAACUUGACCAAAAUCAUGGUUGCGAUAUGUGUUAAACGUGCGAUAUCCAGGGAGCAUGGUCGUAUACUGUAUUUAAUAAUGUAGAAGUCAAGCUGUAGGUCUUGUUUGGUGUAUGACUUGCACGUGGUUUGAAAUGCACUCUAGAGUAAGUUCCCUCGUGCAACAUGAGGCUGUUAUCAGAGUUAGUGUGGAGACUCGCUAACAUAGCUGUAUUGGACAAGGAGGCAGGGCAAAUUCCAUUACAUCACCACAAAUAAAGCAAUUUGAUGUUCGCUAAUGCCAUAGUGCUGUUAGUGCGCUACUUUUGAGAGUCCAGUCAAAUUAUUUUGAGAUUUAGAUCUUGUCAAUAGUGAAGCAUUGGAUUUUUUUCUAUGUCACAUUUUUGUAAAGACGGAACACAGAAAUGUGAAAUUGUUAAUUCUGGCCAUGAGCCAUGGACCCCUGAUAUAAAACUGGUUAGCAGCUGAAAAUGCUGUGGUCAAAAUAUGUGAAAACAGAUGGCUGAGGUCAAUUAGUUUCAUAGUCUCUGCAUGCACAGCCUCGCAAAUACUGUAUCUCUAGAUGAAGGUUAUUCUUUACUGCGGCCCUCUUUUGGAUGUUUUCUUGUUUAUACUUCUGAUAAGUAAUGAAGGGUCGGGCAUGAAGGAGUUUCUUUGCUUACUGGCUCAAAUGAAGGUAGAAAAGUAACUGUUCACAAGCUAAUGUUAAGUUAUAUCUUAAGCAAGUGAUUGCUUUUUAUACAUAUUGAUUUUUAAAGAAUUCCACACAUUCAGAGCCUCAAAGGACAUGGGGCAGUUUUAUUUACUCACUGUUGCUGAGAGAAUGUAGACCAACCAAGAAAUUAGAUUAAUGAGCAAAAGAACACUUUUAUGAAGUAUGUAUGUCUAUUUUGUAGACACUGGUAGUUGUAUUAAAGAUGGCACCUAUGUGAAACUCAAAAGACAAUGAUAGUCAAUUCAGCCUGAUAGUUAUUUGCUUCUCUUUUUUUUUUUUUUUUAAUUCUUUUUUUUUUUAACACUGUCGUUAUAGCAUGUUUCUGCUAAAUUCACCAUUUUAUGGAUAUUUCCAUUCCUAAGUCUGUCUGCAUCACUGGUUUGGCCUGACAUUCUGCUACUUCAUGUUGUGUUUUUUUGUUGUUGUUUGUUUUUUAAGUCACCUUUACAAAUGUUGACGCUUUAGUGUUGCAGUUGUGAAAUCUUUGAAAUGUUCAAAUAGUUCCAAUCCACCUUGAAGACGAAGAAAUUUGAAGGAUGCCCAAAAAUGUUUAACCUUUUCCUUCAAAGGUUAGACAAGUGAGAAUUUUUGUAGGUUAAAAAUAUUUUUUUUUUUAAAGUGUAAAGUAUAAAUUUACCAGUAAGGGCCACAAAAUGCAUAUUAGUCCUCAUGUCUCUUUUAAGGCACUGUAAAUGCAAAUGGCAGUUUUUAUUUGGUUUGUGCAAAAUGUAACCUCAUUUCUGUCGAGAUUUUUCCUUUUUUUUUUUUUUUUUUUUAUUUUUUAUUUUUUUUUAAAUGGUUUGUGGUUAUCACUUCUUUCUAACACUCUUUUGUCAUAUUCAAGAAAUUAUUUGUUCUAAAAAUCUAUUAAGGUAUGUUGUGUUAUAGUGGUGAACAAUUUUAGUAUAUAUUUAUUUUUAGGGCUUCUGAUGGGACAGUUGAUUCAAUAAAUUCCUCCUGAAUAUUCUUGUA